AGUUUCCCUUUUAGCUGCAUCAUCCUCUGGAAAACCUGGAUGGGGACGAUGACACGGCUCCUCUUCGGUUUCCAUAGCAUCCAGUCUUCAAGCCCCCCGCAAUGAAUCCGCCCAGUUCCCCAUGAAAGUUGGCAGCCCGGCAGGCUCCCGAUUGCGCUCUCCCCGGUGCUGAGAACACUCGGGAGCCACCCGAGAGCCACGGGCGCUGUCUGUGGUGCUGAAAUCACUCGGGCACACGCGGGAGCGACAAAGGGCGCUGGGCGGACUAGAAUCACCAACCCCAGACGCGCGAACUGCCGGUCUGCUCUAGAGCCUUGCCCUGGGCGCGCUGCCCUGGGAGUAAGUGGCUGCGGACUUGCUCACAGUAAUGAAGUGCUAGGGCUGCUAUUGUCCGACAGCUUGGAACUUAGCCGCCAGGUUCUCUCAGGCUGGCACGUGCUGGGCAUUGGGAACUUUUGACUUCUUCUUUGGAGUGAUAAAUUAGAUGACCCUCCCCACCCCCCACCCCCCCACACCUCUCAAUCCCUACGGAUUAGGGAAACGUUCAGCAGAAAACCAGGAUUCUAAACACUGGACCAUCUUCUCCUAGGAAGUAGGGUCAUUCCCCCUGCCAAAUCAGCCAUGGCACUGCCUCCACCGUCUGCCAAUGAGUCCUGCACUUCCGAAAAGACUUUCUAAUUGUGGCUCCCAACUCUGUUCUGUUAGGAAAGCCGUGGGUUGCAUGUAGCUUGCUCUCUCUCUCUCUCUCUCUCUCUCUGGCUCUCCCCCCUCUCUCUGUCUCCCUCUUGCUCUCUCGCACACACACACAUACACACACUGACUCAGGCUCCCUUUAUCUGGAGACGCACCGAUAGCCAUGGGAGAAAAAGUUAGAGAUUAAACCAAUAUGAGCGAUCAUAGCUGUUCAUAGCAGUGCCCUGUUCAACACAGAGUGGAGCCCAGUGAAAACCUCUGGAGGCAUGGAGUCGGUAAAACAAAGGAUUUUGACCCCCGGCAAGGAGGGAAUGAAGAAUUUUGCUGGGAAAUCGCUCGGUCAACUCUACAGAGUCCUAGAGAAGAAACAGAAGCCUGGGGACAACAUCGAACUCACAGAAGAUGGGAAACCCCUGGAGGCGCCCGUGAAGAAAGCCCCAGUGUGCGACUGUACCUGCUUUGGGCUCCCCCGGAGGUACAUCAUUGCCAUCAUGAGUGGACUGGGAUUCUGCAUCUCUUUUGGAAUCCGUUGUAACUUGGGGGUAGCCAUCGUGGAUAUGGUCAAUAACAGCACCAUACACCGAGGAGGAAAAAUUAUUAAAGAGAAAGCGAAGUUUAAUUGGGACCCUGAAACAGUUGGCAUGAUCCAUGGCUCUUUUUUCUGGGGAUAUAUAGUCACUCAAAUCCCCGGGGGAUAUAUAGCAUCCAGACUAGCAGCUAACAGGGUGUUUGGGGCUGCUAUAUUGCUGACUGCCACUCUUAAUAUGCUAAUACCAUCUGCUGCUAAGGUGCAUUAUGGGUGUGUCAUCUUUGUCCGGAUCUUGCAGGGCCUUGUAGAGGGUGUCACUUAUCCUGCCUGCCAUGGGAUAUGGAGCAAGUGGGCCCCUCCUUUAGAAAGAAGUAGGCUAGCAACCACGUCCUUUUGUGGUUCCUAUGCAGGAGCUGUUAUUGCAAUGCCUUUAGCUGGGAUUCUAGUGCAAUAUACUGGAUGGUCUUCUGUGUUUUAUGUGUAUGGGAGCUUUGGGUUGGUCUGGUAUAUGUUUUGGCUUUUGGUGUCAUAUGAGAGUCCUGCAAAGCACCCAACGAUCACAGACGAAGAGCGCAGAUACAUAGAGGAGAGCAUUGGAGAGAGUGCCAACCUCUUAGGUGCAAUGGAAAAAUACAAGACUCCAUGGAGAAAAUUUUUUACUUCUAUGCCUGUCUAUGCAAUAAUUGUUGCAAACUUCUGUAGAAGCUGGACUUUUUAUUUGCUGCUUAUUAGUCAGCCUGCUUACUUUGAAGAGGUGUUUGGGUUUGAAAUAAGCAAGGUGGGUAUGUUAUCUGCUUUGCCGCAUUUAGUGAUGACCAUUAUUGUGCCUAUUGGGGGACAGAUUGCAGAUUUCCUAAGAAGCAGGCAAAUUCUUUCAACCACUACCGUGAGAAAGAUAAUGAAUUGUGGAGGUUUUGGUAUGGAAGCAACUCUUCUUCUGGUGGUGGGGUAUUCUCAUAGUAAAGGAAUGGCUAUUUCAUUCUUGGUACUCGCUGUGGGCUUCAGUGGAUUUGCCAUAUCCGGAUUCAAUGUCAACCAUUUAGACAUAGCCCCAAGGUAUGCCAGCAUCUUAAUGGGAAUUUCUAAUGGAGUUGGGACAUUGUCUGGAAUGGUUUGCCCUAUAAUUGUUGGAGCAAUGACAAAGAACAAGACACGUGAAGAGUGGCAGUAUGUCUUCCUUAUUGCUGCUUUAGUGCAUUAUGGAGGAGUUAUAUUCUAUGGCAUAUUUGCUUCGGGAGAGAAACAACCUUGGGCUGACCCUGAACAGACAAGUGAAGAGAAAUGUGGUUUUAUUCAUGAAGAUGAACUUGACGAAGAGACAGGGGACAUUACUCAGAAUUACAUAAAUUAUGGUACCACUAAGUCUUAUGGUGCUACGACCCAGGUCAAUGGUGGUUGGCCAAAUGGUUGGGAGAAGAAAGAAGAAUUUGUACAAGAGGAAGUCCAAGACUCAUACAGCUAUAAGGAAAGAGAAGAUUAUUCAUAACAAAUCUCAAUAUUGGAUAUAUUUUGUAGUGUUUGUGAUUAAAUUCAUUGUGAUUGUUUGCACACAAAGAAUGUGGUAUAAACAUGUAAACACAUAUCAAACAGGAAGGUCUGUUUAAAAAUAAGGUUACCAUUAAAGUGCAAUCUGUAUGAAUUGUGAUAUGUCAUCACCUCCUCUCGGGUGUAUCCAUUCUAUAAACAUUAGAGUUUUAAGGGUUUACUGGUCAAAACUAUAGAGGCAACUAGAUACUUUCAGUAUACAUGAGCUGAAGCUCAUAAUUAAGGAUUAAAGCACAACUAACCAACUAAGUUGGCACAUCUAAUAGUCUAUUUAGAAAGCCAAAAGUACUUGAUCUUUAAAAAAAAUGCACUUAUAUAUUUGUUACACUGUAUUGGAAGAGAUCAUAAACUGAUUGUGUUAACUAUACACGUUUAAUCAGUAAAAUGUAGAGAUUGUGUGUUUGGUCUAAGACAAGGACUUUCUUCAAGAAAGAAGGAUUCAGUCCUAGACAUCUAUAAGGGAUUGAUACAUUUCUCUCCAAUGGGAAUUGGAUCAGGCUCUAAAAGGCAGACUGUAUAUUUGUGGUGAUUACAUGCUGCAGGCUACUCUGUGAUAAAUAAAAGAAUUUAUUUGGGUGUUUUAUAUCAAAUGUUUAGGCACAAAUUCUUAUUUGUAUUCUUUACAGAAUAUAAUGAAAUUAUAGUAUGUGUCAUGUUCUUCCUUACAUUUACCAACCAGUAUAAAAACAACAUAUAAUGUUCAAUCUGAAUUUUCAUGCAGACUAUAAAACAACUUUUGCAAGAAAUGUUUCAGUGUAUUUUUAGUUAUAGUAAAUUACUUUGUACUGGUUGCAAAUCACUUUAGAAGAAAAAGAAAGAUAUAGCCUAC